AGUGGUCAGUCGGCAAAGUGACACUUGACGGGUGAUUACCAUAACUUAUUUACGAGUUACAAUUCAGUUAGUUGCAGUGCAUUGUUAUUUAUUAAAAUGGACAGAGACAGUGAUGAUACAGAGGAAAACGUUCGCCUUAUAAACAAUUUAGAUAAUAGUAGGGUCCAAAGUAUUUAUGGUAAUCGUGGAAUGGCGUCUUCGUGUGACACGAUAGUGUUUGAUAGUCAUUUGAUGAAAACGUCGACGCAAACAGAGGAGCUCGCCGCCACGUGGGGCGGACGGGGCUCCCUCCCAGAGUCUGGGACUUCUGGAAGGCUGAGAAGGACGAGGUCAUGGUCUGGUGGCCCGCCAGAUGACGUCGCUUCUGAAGUUAGGAUAUUAAGAGAACGAUUAGUCCGUACCCAAGCGAGGUUGCGUCCCGGGGCGGUGCGCCAACUCACCCGGCACCAGCGCCUCACCCUGGCGUCCCUGGCUCUGGUGGACUUCAUGAGCUUCUGCUCCAUGAGCAUAAUGGCGCCGUUCUUCCCCCGAGAGGCGACAGAGAAGGGCCUGUCGGAGACGAUGUGCGGAAUCGUUUUCAGCUUUUACGCUGUCGUCAUGUUCAUCACUUCACCGUUCUUUGGUAAAUAUCUACCAAAGAUAGGAGCAAAGUUCAUGUUCAUAGCUGGAAUGUUCAUGGCCGGAGCGUGUAACGUUCUGUUUGGAACAUUAGUUCUAGUGCAAGACCCCACAAUGUUCACCGUGCUAUGCUUCGUGGUGCGAGGCAUGGAAGCGCUUGGAGCCAGCGCCUAUUCCACCGCCAGCUAUGUGUUCGUGGUGAACGCCUUCCCUGACACCAUCGGCUCCGUGCUGGGCAUACUCGAGACGUUCGUCGGGCUCGGCAUGUCUGUUGGACCUGCGAUUGGUGGACUGUUGUAUUCGAUCGGAGGAUUUGGGUUACCAUUUUACAGUCUUGGCAUUACGAUGGUGUUGACAGUGCCUAUCAACUACUGCUUGUUGACAGACUGUGGAGAAUACGUAUCAGGUUCGAAAACGGCCUCGAUAUUAAGGCUUUUCAAGAUACCGUCAAUAAUCAUCACCGGUCUAGUGAUCGUCAUCGUGUCCAACACGUGGGCGUUCCUCGACCCAACGCUGGAGCCACAUUUACGCCAGUUCGGACUGUCGACGAAUCAGAUUGGAUUGAUAUUUCUACUGUUCUCAAGUUUAUAUGGCAUCUUCAGUCCUAUUUGGGGCUGGGUGGCUGAUAGAGUUCACAACCACUGGUGCAUGAUGGUUUGGGGUUUGUUUCUGUCAACCAUUGGCUUAUUACUUCUCGGGCCUUGUCCAUUCAUACCUGGUUUGCCAACGGACUUAUGGUUGGACCUCGUUGCGCUUUCUAUCUUAGGGAUAUCUGUAGCGCUGACGCUUUUGCCAACGUUUCAAGGAGUGCUGACUAGUUCUAUUUACGAAGGCGGUUGCCCCGAAGCGCUGGCGACGUACAGCGCUGUGGCGGGCGUCUGGUCGUGCUGUUACUCGCUGGGUGAAGUGCUGGGACCCGCGCUAGGGGGAGCGCUGUCAGAGAUGUAUGGAUUCCCACUCUGCUCUACUCUGUGCGCUGCAGCUUGCUUUACUAUGGCCGUGAUAACUCUCACAUUCUUCUCACUGCGCGAGUCUUCUAAAUGGGUAGAAGCGGAGUCGGAGGCUAACUCUAUACCGUACACUGACACCACGUGGAACAGCAAUCACUUCUGCCGGAGCCGCAGCGCGCCGGCCAGCCAGAUAGCUGAGACCUCGCCUCUGAUAACGCCUUGCUCGUGUGCCUCCAAAACUGCUUAUUAUUUAUACGGAAAUUCACCAACAAACCAAAUAUUUUUCAUGCACAAAAAAAACGGCAAAAGCGGCUCGGCCAGCAUUUCCGAUGUGUUGGCUUACUUCCUCAAAUUCCAGUAUCUAACCGAGGUGUAUGUGAGAGUGAGGAAAUCGCGGAACAAAUCGAAAACGAGAGCUUUGCCGGACAACGAUCAAUUGUACCAGAACUAUUUAGACGAGGAAAAUGAAGAUAAAAAGGAUCCGAGUCCAAGUGACAAUGUCACUAAUGAACCGUCCCAAAGGAAUGAAGAUAGCUAUUGCUCUUAUAUAGACAAAGCUAUAUUCGGUUCCGCACCUUUGAAGAUGAAUGAUGAGAACGUUAUUGUGAAACGCAACAACAAAGGGCUCGUCGCUGAGUUGACACGCGAAGGUGACAAGCGGUCGUCGGGAGAAAUUAUCAAACACAACCUUCAGAAAGUACAAUUUUACGAACAGAAUCCUGAGUGCACGACACUUGACGAUAUUUUUGAUGGCUGCGACUGUCGCGAUAACGUCACCUACGUAAGAGGGACGGUGACGGUGUCCUCCACAGGAGCCUGCGAAGUCUGAACUCUCAAAAACAAACAGUACAAUUUAAAUUUAAGUAAAGUCAUAGUAUAAAAUCAUAAUUUUAAGUAAUUCAGUGAUAUAAUUAAUAAAAUUUACUUCAA